GUCGUCGCUCGGACAGUGUCGGUGUCGGUCGUGUGCGGAAUGCUCUAGUCGCCUGUCGCCUCAGUGCUUAGUGAUGGCCAAGUUCAUGUAUCUCGUGUACCUGUUACAGCUGUUAUGUGCUGCCGGAGCGGCCAGUGUUGAUCUGGUGGACAUGGAGGUCUCCAACUGCUCCAAAGUCAAACAUAUUUUUGUGUCGAAAAAUAUCACAAACCACGUCCCCGACAAUCCCGUUGAAGGGUCGCGACUGUCGGUGUGCCGGUCCAGACACAGUUGUUGUACCCCGGAGCUAGAGGAAGGCCUACACCGGAGAGUACGGAGGGACUUCCAAAGUCUACUGCACCACAGCUCCCAGACCGUACAGGGGCUGCUGUACACCACGGCCACCACGCUCAAGAGUCAUGUGACAUUGUUGGCGAGGACGUCAGAGAACAAGACGCUGACCCUCUUCAGCGAGGCGUAUUCUCGGAUGUUCACACUCGCACAUCCUCCCAUCUCCGCGCUCUACGGCAGCCUCCUGUCGUACCUGAACCGCAGCGACCCCGGUUUGGGCCCCGGGCUACCAUCCAGCAUCCCCUCAGGGGACUCCACCGCGCUGCAGGAGCUGGUGCUCGACUUCUUCGCCCAGCUGUUCCCACUGGUGUACCACCAAGCGGUGAACCUGCACGCCACCGACUUCACGGAAGAGUACAAAGUUUGUCUGCGGAAAGCUUUUCCGGAUAUACUCCCCUUCAGCGACUACCCGCGGGAAAUAGCCGUGGACAUCGCGAAAACCUUCGAGGAAACCAAAGUGCUCCUUGAAGCGUUACUUUUGGGAGCGGACAUCCUGAACACCACUGAUCAGCUGAUGUCCUCGUCCAACUCCUCCGGGCUGGAUAACUGCUAUGAAGCCCUGAUGAGGUUGUACUACUGUCCGCGAUGUCAGGGUCUACCGUCGACCAUCAAACCUUGCAACGGCUACUGCCUGAAUGUGAUGCGAGGCUGUUUGACCCAGCAGCGAGCCCAUGAGCUGGACCUUCCUUGGAACAACUUCCUGAGCGAGACGGAACGUCUGGUGAGACAGACCAGGGAACACAACGGGGUGGAGGCCGUGCUGAGGACGCUGACCACGAGGAUAUCUGACGCCAUCAUGUACGCCUCCAUCAAGGGGCCUUACAUCGAGAAAAAGGUCCGCAAGGCGUGCGGCGCCCCCCGCCUGGUCGCCGGCCCCGCAGUCCCGGACGAGACCCUGGCCGCUCCCGGGGCCAGUGUGGAGCUCCCCGGCGUCACCGUCUCCAGCGUGGCCCGCGGGUAUAAGGAGCCGUCCUCCGACAGUCCUCUGCAGCUGUUCCUGGACGCCGUCACCUCCACGCACGCCCGAGACUUCUACGCCAACCUCGCCGACAGCCUGUGCAGCGACGAGAGCUUCGCUGAGACCCGCGACACGGCCGAGUGCUGGAACGGGCUCAGGGUUGGAGAGUACACCAAGACCCUGGUGAGGCCUGGCGUAGAUGCGCAGAAGUACAACCCAGAGUUGACCUGGACAGAGUCGGAACCUGACCCUAAGAUUGGCCAACUUAGUGACAGGCUGAGGCAUAUGAGACAGGUGGUACUGAGUCAGCUGAGUCAGACAAAUCAGCUGAUGAGUGACUCGUUUGUCCGAGGAGAGGAAGGCAGCGGCAGUGGUCACUCGCCUCACUGGGACGCAGAGGAUGAUGACCCAGCAAGAGAACCUUGGAAUGAGGAGGGCUCAGGCUCUGGGGAUAGACCCAUCGAAGUUGAUUCAGACUCACCAGUCAACACCAGUCCCAAGAUACCUCAUGACAAGACGAGUGGAGCUGCGUCAUCUGCUAGCGCUGUCUACCUGCUGACUCUCUCACUAGCUGUGCUUCUACUCCCCUUCACCAGGUGGCACUGAGCGAUCGGCAAUAACUAAUUAGUUAAAGCAACGGAAAGCAAAGAAUUUACUGAAAAGUUUUUCAUAUAUGAAAAGCUUUGAAAAGGCUAUCAAUGUGUCAAAGCAAAGAGUUUGUAGAAAAAUUUUAUUUAUUGUUCCUGAUAUAAACUUAAAGUUUUUUUUUUUAUUACUCGUGUUGACAAGUCAAUGUGCUGGAUAAAAUAUAUAAAGCUUCAUGUAAUUACAUUAAAAUUGGAAGCAAUAUAAAGACUGAAUAUGCAAUAACAUAACUGUUAGUUGAGAUUAAGUAGGGAGUAUUUCUAAACAAUAUACUUCAAACGUAAUAUUUGAUUAAUUAAUUGUACGAACUAUCAAGUAUUUCUGUUGAUUUGCAUAAUUGAUUAUAGGGUUAGGCUUUCACGUAUGCACCUUGUAAUCUUGAACAGCCGAGUUAAGAAAGCAAAUGUUUAUCUAUACUAAGCAAUACAGUAUGCAUUAAUAUAAUGGUUAUGCUUGGCAUGAAAUCUAAAUAAAAAAAACCUAUGAAAUUUAAUUAAAAAAUGUACAUUACCAGCUUCAUCCAAGCUUAAUUCUGUGUGAAAAUUCUUUGCUUUCUCUUGUAUUUUGGCAUUUAAUUUAAAUUAUCUUGCCUUUAAUGAUUUAUGUAUACUUUCAUAAACGAACAAAUACUUUUCACAGCUGUCUGUGAUAGUUUUUAAUUUAUUUAAAAUUAAGUUACACAAAUUGUUAAUGUAAAAAAACGGUAACACUGUUUAAUUUUGUUACAACAUAGCGACAUCAAUUUGUAAAUAGUUUUUAACGCUUAACUGUGGGGUGACUCGAAUGUUCCUACCUACCCGUCUGAUGCUCAAAGCACGACCCGACCUUCUGAUUCUCUUUUGUUUAGUUUACCAAUAAGUUUAUUACAAUUUGGCGAUCCUUUCUUCACUGUUUUCAAGUCAUGUUUGUGAAUAAGAUUUUUCCAUUUUUAUACUCCGACGUAGUCUCCACUUUGUACAUAUAGCCGUGUAGUGUCGCCCCACGCCACGUUGGUGCCAUGCAGCCUGACUGACUUUGCCGGCAUCUGCUGUGGCCGUGUGUUUGUUUGGUUUGCGAGUGUUUAGUUGUAAUGUACAAAGUAUUUGUAUUGUCGCACCAAGUGCAGUUUCACCUGAUGGUUUUGCUUUGAAAGCAGUUUUUAUCAUUCACGAUCCUUUGAGAGAACGCUCUAUUUACAAAUUGUGAAUUGCAUGAUUUUAAAUGACUGACUAGUAGGAGAAGGGCCUAAUGCUUUGUGAAAUUGAUAAAUAUUUCUUCAAAUGAAACUAAUCAGCUUUGAAUGCAGAUUUUUUAUCAUUUGCAUAUGCUUAAGAGAAUUUUAUAUUUGGUCUCAAAUUAAUCAUUCCUAUACAAAACAUAUGUCUAAAAACCAAUAACUCCUUUUAUAUAUUAAUCUUUUAGCCUAAUAAACAAAAUUUAAAACCCAAUAAAAGUUUAAAUUUUUUUAUUCACUUUUGGAACAAGCUUAUCACAGUAAGCUUAUUUACAUUAACUUAUUCACAAAGAGGUAGAGCGCUCCCUCAAUCAGUUGAAAGGUUCACAUUUUUCCAGAUUUAAAUAUGUUAAUUUGGUUUUUUUACAAGGGACCAAACCUGAUUUAAUUCCGAACUCUCUAAAAGGAAGAAUGCAUUUUUAUUUUUUGCACAAUAAUUGUAUCGCUUCUCUCAGUCAAUAAUUCUAUGACACUUUUUACACAAAUAAUUUUGUUAUUGUCUGUGAUUGCAAGUUUGAAAGUUGUGAAUGUGUGUUUGUAAAUGUAAAUAGUUUUGUCAUUUUAUUUAGAUUUUUGUUCUUUUAGUUAGAUAAUACAUUUUUGUGAAAAAUUAGCUCUGUGAAUAACAGCUUAUGGAAAAUUUGUAAAUACCUACAUUAUUUUUUGUAAAUUAUCAAAGGGUGCUUUGAAAUUUUUCCUCAAUUUAAAUUCUUUUUAAAUUUGUUUGUUGGCUAUAACAAAACUGAUAUUUUGUUUUUAGAAAAUAAAGUUCAAGCACAAGAGAGAAUACUGAACUUAGAGAAUUGCAUAAUAAAUUUUGUUUCUGGUAAAAUUAGUGUCUAGAAAAUCUAUUUUUUUGUAAAAGAGAAUAUGUCUAUAGUCCAUAGAGAAACAAAGGUCAUUUUAAGCAUGGACUGUCAACGUUUCAAAGUUGCUGUUGUUGAAUAGUAAUAUUUUAUUGAUACUAACAUAGCACUCUUUGUUUAGUAUUUAUUUCAGAGUAAAAUGUUAGCUGUCAUUGUGGCAGAGCUGUGAUAUGUUGAUUUGCUCUCAAUAGAAGAGUAAUUUAUUUAGAAAAUAAUAUUUUGGCCAGAGGAUCUUGUUGGUGGAAUCAUUGAGAAUAUUUAAGAUUGACGUUAACUUAGUCAUAUUAGUUUAUUCAGAGUUUAAAAUAGUUUGAAAUUGUAAAUUGUACAGAUACCCUGCAAUCUAGCUAUAGACAACAUUUAUUGAUUAUUUAUAAAUAGGAUAUUGAAAACAAUCAGUUAAAUACAAGAUGAGAUUAGUUAACCAUUUAGAUGCUAGUUUCAAAAUAUUUUAUUUGUUCAAACGAGCCUUAAAUAUUGUUAAAUUACUUUAAGUCAUAAUUAUUUUGACCUCAUAUUUCGAGAGUGUAUUUUUAAAUAUAAUUUUAUAUACUACAUAACUAGUCUUUAGUAAUAAUUAUUAUAAAAAUUAGGAAUUAUUUGAUUCUACUUAGUUUUAGAAGCUGUUUUAAGCAGUUAUUUGUUAACUCGAUUUAUGUUUUAGCCACUGCCUACAAAAUAACAUGUAUAAAGAAAUAGUAUAAAAGCUUGCUGAUUUAACCUCACUAAGUACAUCAAUUGCAUCUGUCUUAAUAAUUAGAGAAAUAGAGAAAAUAAACAAGUUUUUAAAAAUA